GACAACAGGUGUUUGUAGCGAUGCCCCUGACCGGCCACAGCGCCGAGACUGCGGCUUGUGGUGACCUCUGUCUGCCGCAGGGAGAAGGACUCUUCCCCCGGCAUGGAGGGAUGAAUCUCUGGACGUGUGUGCGCGGGGCCUGACGGCCUGCAAAGCAAAAACAAAAAAAAAACCAAAAAAAUUUUUUUGGGGGGCUGCAGACUCUGGGCUUUAGGUAAACCCAGGGUUUGAAUCGUUUGUUACAGUUAUGCAGCACUGCUUCAACGAUGCUUGUAAUUUACAGCCGCGCCCUGAGUUUCACUCUAGUUCGUCAGCCGUUAGUCAGCUCUUUGUUUUCGGUUGUUGCCAAAUCUGCGCUGCACACAAGGUAACCUAUGUUUGCUAGCGAUUGUUUGCGCCAUCGCUGAGACCGCGGGCUCCUUUCCACAGCCGGCAGUCUGACGGAAUGCUACGGGGACGAUGCUGACAUUCCUCCGUAUCCUUCUGACAGCCCUAGUAGGUUGUCUGUGGGAUGGAGUUGCAGCUUUUGGUGGGGUCAGACUUGUCAAUGGCGAUAACAAGUGUUCCGGUAGAGUUGAAGUCCUCCGCCACGAGCAGUGGGGGACUGUGUGUGACCAUGGCUGGGAUGUCCAAGAAGCAAGUGUGGUGUGCUUUGAGCUGGGUUGCGGUUUAGCUGAAUCUGCCAGUCGUGGGGCCGAGUUUGGUCCAGGCAGCGGAGAGAUUGUCCUGCACCACGUCCAGUGUUCAGGACACGAGUCGAGUUUGACUCGUUGUGCUGUUGUUCUCCACAGUAACUCCUAUUGCACCCAUGAGAAUGAUGCAGGUGUGAGAUGCUCAGGUACCCUGUUAAUGCCCAGUCUGUCCUUACUAUCACCUCACACUGUGUUCUCGCCGGGGGAGGCUGUCCGCUUUCGCUGCAGCGUUCUGCUGCGUCACCACCUCAGUGACUUCCACCUGUACAAACAUGGUGUUUCCACUCCGCUGGUCACGCAGAGGGCCGACCAGUCCCAGAUCGGAGUGGAGCUCACCCUGUCUGACGUAGAGACUUUCCACCAGGGCAGCUACAGCUGCCGGUACAGCAUCAAGAGAGGCUUCCCGUCUCAGCUGCUCAGCUCUCCACCCAGUAAUUCCAUCAACAUCACUGUGGUGGAACUUCUGACCCCCCAGCACUGGUACAACACUUCCUCUGAAGCCCCAGCCGGCUCUGUCAUCAAAGGGCAAAGUUUUAACAUCACCUGCUCCACCCUGCAGCAGUAUCCCGGCGGUUCUUUCCAGCUCCGACUGAUCCGCUCCAACGGCACUGUGCGCCAAUCACUGCCUGCCCUCUCCCAGUCUGUCACCUUCACCUUCUCCAACGCCCAGACGUCCAACGAGGGACACUAUUACUGCCUGUAUCGGGUCCAGCUGGGAGGACGCACAUUUGUGUCCAGAGAAAGCCAGCCUCUGCCUAUAGCUGUGAGAGAUCCUGAUCCAAUGCUGAGCCCCAUGGUGAUCAGCUGGCUGGUGUCUUGCCUGACCUUCGUCAUAGCGGUCAUCAUUCUAAUCACUGUGGCUAAAGUCUUGUGCCAUAAAGAGAGGAAACCCUCUGAGCUGGAGCGGGAGACCAGAACUUGUGUGGACAACACUUAUGUUGCCUUAUCAAUUAACAAGCUAUGAUGAGAUGUAUUUCCAACAGAUGGGAAACAGAAUCACAGGUGUGUGGACGGUUAGGAACGGUCACCUUAUUCCACCCAGAUGCAGCAGAUCAACAACAUAUCCAGACCUGGUCAUCUGCCACCUGCUGGCCACCGCUGGAACUAGUUUAACACCCGGUUCUUAGUGGAGACUGACCUGCAGCCAGGAUGGUGUCACUGCUGGAAAACAAAGACUGGGAUUGGGCCUCCAGCUAAGCUAGCAGCCACAGAUGACUGACAUUUCUACUGACACUGAAAGCUAGAGUAGUUUGUAGAUUUUCUCAGGCACAGUCACAGGCGUAGGGACCUAAAACUUGUACAAGUUAGACGGAGGAAACUGUGACGAGGUUCAUCAGGUUUGUGUGUUGGGUUCUUUUUGAACACGAAACACUACUAACAAAGGUCCACUAGAUAGUUAAAUACUACAGAACAACAAUCCUCAAAGGAGGUUUUUGUACUUUCAGACACUAUGCAUCUUUUGUCAUUUAACGAUAUGCACUUACGUUUGUAAAUAGUAGAUGAUUAAAAUACUGAUGUUGUUUGA